AGCUGGAAGGCACGGUGAUAUCGGAUUAAACAGCUGGGGAACAGGCAUGCCUGGCUCUCGGACGCCGCUCCACACCGUAAAGGAGGGAAAUUGACCGACGCGCCGGAUCUCACACCCUUGGCCGCAGUCCUUGCACCGCUGCAGGGCCCGCGGGACAGCGUGAACGGAGGCGUUCUCGACUUGGUACAGGGGCGCUGCCUGGAGCCUGAAGCAGUGAUGAGGAUGCACUCUGGGAUUGUGAUGCAUCUGCUGGUGUUCUCCUGCUCCAGGCUGAUGUUGGCACACGAGGACCACAGCACUCACAGAUCAAGGAACCAGGAGCAGUGGGAGAGGGAUGUGAGGUCGGCCUCAAGCCUGGAGGAGCUGCUGAUGCUGACCGACUACCCUGACUGGAAGCUCUGGAAGUGCCGCCUCCGACUGAAGCACCUGGAGUCGUCCUCGUACCCAGAGUCCCACUUGGCCUCCGCCAGGGCCAACCGCCCCCCUCGUUACGCCGCCGCCUCCUACAGCCUGGAGAUCCUGAAAGCCAUUGAUGACGAGUGGCAAAAGAUCCAGUGCAUGCCCAGGGAGACAUGUGUGGACGUGGCCAAGGAGCUGGGUACCAGCCCUGACAUCUUCUUCAAGCCGCCCUGUGUCUCUGUCUUCAGGUGCAAUGGCUGCUGCAACAAAGAAGGCGUGUCGUGCAGAAAUACAAGUACUACCUAUGUUAAUAAAACACUCUUAACCGUGAUACCAUAUAAACACGGGCCAGAGCCGGUUCUAUUAAAGGUGGCCAAUCACACCGAGUGUAAGUGUAUGGAGCCGUCGAUGAUCAGGCGACACGCCCACCCUCUGGGUAGUACCGGGUGCUCCCCGGUGCUCCGGAUCUCGGAAUCCAAGGAUUCCCGCAGGUUGUGCGCCAGCGGGUUGAUCUGGGACUGCAUGGCAGAGAGAUGCAUUCCGUAUCCAUCCAGCCAACCAGAAUCCUCUUCUAGCCCCCGGAUGCCGGACUGUGAGAUUGACGUUGAUCGCUGCGACUGUGUUCCCAGUAACAGCACGCGACCCCUCUACCCCUGUCACCUGAACUCCACUGUGUGCACCGCCAAGGGCAAACGUUUCGACCGGGUCACCUGCAGGUGCAAGUGACUACCCCCAGGACAAAGCAAAGACAUUCUGCAAGGAAGCGGAGAACCAGCCUUUAUUUAUUACUCUCUAUUUAUAUCACACACACUUCAUUCCUAUUAACCCCUGUCCCUAUAAAAUGACAGUGCUGAGUGUUUUAACAUGUUGCUUGUGCUGUUACAUAAAAGAUUACACAACUGUCCCCUAUGCACUGAAUGAUCAUGUAAUUUACUUUUUAAAGUAAUAUUUUUAUA